GUACAGCAGUGAAUAUUAGUCAGGUAAAGCAGGGAAUAUUUCUCUGGUAAAGCAGUGAAUAUUGGUCAAGUAAAGCGGUGAAUAUAACCCAAGUAAAGCAGUGAGUAGAGGUAAGGUAAAGCAAUGAGUAAUAGUUAUUAGGUAAGUUUAUAAGGUAGUUAUUAGUGAUAAUCUAAAACUGAUAAUGAGCGGUCAAUCAAAUCGUUUCGAUGAAUUCAUCUCCCUCCGAACAUCCUCCCUUCGCUCGUCAGUCACCACUAUACGGCACGGAUACCCGCAUACCGCAGACGAUAUAGCAAUUUCCAAGAUGGCUGCCAAAGACGCACCCGAGGAUAAAUCUACCGGCCUCCGUGUCGGCCUCGCCCUCGGGUUCUUCAUGGCCGUCGCGGCUGGAUUCCUCAUGGUCACCGUGGGUUUUUCGCUCCUCUGGAUCAGGUUCGCUAAGCCUUAUUUGAGAACUGACGACUUUCUGGAGACGAAGUGUACGGUUAUCCGGAGCCAGCUAGACGGAGAGUACACGUGCUGCACAAAUCGAUGUCAGCGUCUGCUGCGGUACCCGUGCGUGACUAUAAGCGUCUCCUAUAACAUCACGACUACAAACACAACCGAGCGUGGUGCGGCGCGAGUGGAAGGAACCUGUACGAGGGACGAGCCGCACCUACGUGCAGUUCGAACGAGUAACGUAUGUUACAGCUUCCGCCUCACGUCGACUGUUGGUCAGCCGGACGAGUUCUUAUGCAGAAGAUUUAAGGUGCAGGUCACGGGGACUUGUUUCUUCGGCUAUAACCAGAAAUGCCUCAAGAGACACAACAAUAUUUUCGACAAACUAAAAGCGAGCCUCGAGCAAGCUGAACGCGUGUUGGUUCAGGAGGCUGGUACAAGCAGGAAGCCGUGGCCGCAGCAGUUACUGGCCAGCUGGAUACUGUUCGAGUACGGGUGCUACGUCAAAGCAGAGUGA